AUGGCGGCGGGCCCGGACCCGCUGGCCGAGCUGCUCCUGUCAGAGGUGGACGAGAAGGCGGUCAGCGACCUGGUGGGAUCGCUCGAGUGGCAGCUGGCCGGCGGCGGGGACGGGGCAUCCCCGCAGGGGAGCGGGAGGCCGGGCCCGGCAGCGGGCAGCGCCUCGGCCGAUGCACAGCAGCGUCUGGGCGGGAUGGCGCCAUCUGGGCUCGGGGAGGCGGCGGCCGCCGCUCCGGCCUCGGGCUUCGGCCGGGAGCGUCCCGCCGGCCACCGCCUCAGCCCAGGAGCCGCCGUCUCCUCGGACAGAGCCCGGGCUCCGGCUGCGGAGACCCCGGGCACCCGCCGACCGCCGCCUCCGAGCUCCCCCGCCGUUGUCAUGGGCAACCCGGCGCUGGGCAGCACCAGCUCCGCGGACAGCGCUGCUGCCCUCGGCCUGGCCACGGUAACUGAGCCCCCGCUGUCCGCCCCAGUCCAGACUCCCCAUCCCCUCCCUCAGACUGUCAACGGGCUGGUCGGCAACGGCAGCCUCCCCGCUCCAGCCCCUGGCAGCCCCCACAGUACCGGGAACCACCUCCCGAUCUCCGGGACUACCGGCCACCCCGGCCCCGGUGCCCGGACUGAGCUCACAGCCACCAGCAGCAGCUCAACUUGCAACUCAACUCAAACCGGCUCCCUGACUCCUCAGUUCGUUCCUGCAUCUCAGACUAGUGGCAGCAUCGGCACCCCUACCAUUGCACUGCACCGACCGCCUGCAGACGUUGUAAGCGCCAACAGCGUUUCGUGCAUCGUGUCAUCGCAGAAUGGGGUCGUCCCCCUCAAUAAUGUCAAUGCUUCUGGACUGCUGCAAGUUGGGUCAAGGAGCGCCAUCCGUCCCGGUACAACAGUGACACAUUUUAUUAGCCAUCCAAUUUCGAGCCCCGGAGCCACCAACACAGAUUCCACAUCACAGACAAAGCUUGUUCUACACACCCAGUCUCAGCCUGUUACCCUCAGCCUUUUAAACAACACGGCAGUGACAGUCCCUGUCACAAACCCUUCGAGCAAUCCACGCCAAUGUACGGUUACCAACACUCUCUCUGCCGUCGGCAGCACUCUCAGUAUUAAUGCUUUGCCAAAGGCUUCAGUGAACGUGAUCACACAGCCUCAUAUCACAAAAGUUGUCGCGUCCACCCAAAGCACCGUCCAGGGAUCGGCCGCUCGGUUGCAGCCUCCUCGCCCUGGGAUGGGACCACCUCAGCGUAUUUUCGCCCCACAGUUUAUCAUCCGCCCACAGUAUCAACCGACAGUGCAGCUCGCUUCUGGAUUCACCAUCCCGUCCGGUAUGAUCCUGGUCCAGACAGAGAGUGGGCAGCUCAUCAUGGUUCCUCAGCAGGCACUGGUUCAGGCUCAAGCUCAACAACCAGGAAGCAUCUCUCCUCGGCCUUCUGCUCCCACCAGUGCUGCCACAAUCCGUCUAGCAUCAAAUCAGCAGGCCAUGAGCCUUUCGUCAAUCAGGCCAGUGCACCCAUUGCAAGCCAAAGUAAUUCAGCCUGCAGCUUUGGUUAAUGCUCCGUCCGUCACCAUUGCACAACCUAUUGGAACGGUGGCUCCCAUGCCGCUAUCGGGCAGUACCAGCACUCCGCAGACCCUGCACACAACAACCAAACUUGGUGUGAGCAGCCAGCACCCAGUCAUGUCUGAAGCAGCAGUGCAGACCCCAGCUUCACCUCAAACUCCCCAGCUGUCUCAACCUGCAUCCAAGUCACAGCUGCAAGUCCAUUCUCAAGUGACUCCUAGUUCCCCUCAGGCAGGAACACCCACAGUUUCACAGGAGAUGCAGGAAAACGUUAAGAAGUGCAAGAACUUUCUAGCAACUUUGAUUAAACUUGCGUCACACAGCGGGCAGUCUGCAGACACCUCUCGGAAUGUGAAAAGCCUGGUUCAGGAUUUGUUGGACACUAAAAUUGAACCAGAAGAGUUCACGAACAGACUUCAAUCAGAGCUUAAAUCAUCACCACAGCCAUACCUGGUGCCAUUUCUCAAGAAAAGCUUGCCAGCAUUGAGGCAGUCGCUGGUCCGCAACCAGCAGUGCGUCCUCCAGCUGCAUCAGCAACCUCAGCAUCUGCAAGCAGUGGUCCCUACACAGGCCAUAUCCACAUUGCAGUCGGAGACAACUGUUACCACUGUCACGUCGGGGCCAUCAGCACGAAUACGACAGCCUGGUCCUGUCAGUGCAGUCACAGGGACAAGCACCGUGACACAUGCACACAUCAAUUUAACGCGGCAAGGGAAGAGCGCACGUCUGAUCGUCCAGUCUCCAGUACAGACACUGAAGAGGCAAUCUGUUGGUUUAGGAACUCAAGUGAGAUUGCCAAUGGUGAUUACCCCAUCCAUCAGACCAGUGGUUAAGUCGCAGUCGGUGCAAGGAAUCAAAGGUCUUCCAGAAUCCCUCCAGUUCUGCACCAGUCAGAAAACCAAGCUCAACGACUCUGGGGGAGGUUCAUUCAGGGAUGAUGAUGACAUUAACGAUGUUGCCUCCAUGGCUGGACUUAACCUGAACGAGGAGAAUGCCAACAUUCUGGCAACCAACUCUGAAUUUGUUGGAACGAAUAUUCACUCGUGCAAAGAUGAAGCUUUUCUAGCCAGUGGACCUCUGCACAGACGCAUCCUUGAAACGGCUAAAAGAUUUGGAAUCACGGAUGUUCCCAUUGACAUAGUAAACACAGUUUCACACGCGACACAAGAACGGUUAAAAACGGUCAUCGGAAAACUGACAACAAUAGCACAACACAGAAUGGAAACACACAAGGACCAUGAAUGGUAUGAACAAGCAACAGAUGUACGGACACAGCUGAAAUUCUUUGAACAUCUGGAGCGGCUCGAGAAACAAAGGAAGGACGAUCAGGAGAGAGAAAUUCUAUUAAAAGCAGCAAAGAGUCGCUCCAGGCAAGAAGACCCUGAGCAAGCACGGCUGAAGCAGAAGGCUAAGGAGAUGCAGCAACAGGAGCUGGCACAGAUGAGGCAGCGAGAUGCAAACCUCACGGCUCUUGCAGCAAUCGGCCCACGCAAGAAGCGCAGGCUGGAUUCUCCGGGACCGCAGGCGAUUGAGGUGGGAUUGGCAGCUGGAGAGGGAGCGUGUCUGACGUCAGGUGCCCAGACAGGAUUCACGCCAACCUCGUCUAGACAGUACGCACGGCAGAAAGUAACUCGGGUAAACCUCAGGGACUUCAUCUUCUACAUGGAACAGGAGCGGGAUGGCAGGCACUCGCUGACUCUGUACCGGGCACUGCUGAAGUAGAGGGCAGCGAGCAGAAGGUGCCACUGCACUGCUUCCCAUCUCCAGGUGAACAGUAGUCACUGACUUUCUCCUUUUGC